GAAUAAUUCAACCUGUGCUGAUCAGUAAGCGACAAACAUGGCCGCCUGUGGGCUACUCCGUUCCCUGUCUUCCAACUUUUUCACAGUUUUGCCAUUACUCAACCGCUCGGUAACACUUUCACCGUUGCGGCUGGCAUCUACACCUUACUUUGGAAGAACCAUAACCACUUCUAGUCGAGUAACAGCAGAUCUUAAAUUCACAGACAAGCACGAAUGGAUCCGGGUAGAAGACGACGGGAAUGGGACUGUCGGUAUCAGCAAGUUUGCGCAAGAGGCUCUGGGGGAUGUAGUUUACUGUGGACUGCCAGAGGUGGGGACACAGCUGGCUCAGCAAGGUAUGGAGUUCAGGGCAGCUAAGGUUUUUGGAAAGGUCAUACACUACACGAUUUAGUUUAUCAGAUUUGAA